AUGGCGACCCCGGACUGGAUACAAUACGGCGUCCCGACGCUCGAUCGCCCCUUUGGCCUCGCCCUAUGGCCCAUCUUCAGCAAGGCCUUCGAGAAGGUCGUGGGCUAUCCCGCCGAGAAGUUUGAAUUCGUUCCCGGAGAGACACCCAUCUCGGAGCUCAAGACCUGCUCCAUCAUUCUCAUCACAUACUACAUUGUAAUCUUUGGAGGCCGGGAGCUCAUGCGCGAUCGUGCGCCGUUCAAGCUGAGCUUUCUCUUCAAACUGCACAACUUCUACUUGACCGCCAUCAGCGGCAUCCUCCUGGCUCUGUUCGCCGAGCAGCUCAUUCCCACCCUUGUGAGGCAUGGCCUCUUCUAUGCCAUUUGCGACCACGACGGUGGCUGGACCCAGAAGCUGGUGGUUCUCUAUUAUCUGAAUUACCUGACCAAGUUCGUCGAACUGAUUGAUACCUGCUUCCUGUUCUUGAAGAAGAAGCCCCUCACCUUCCUCCACACGUACCACCAUGGCGCGACUGCUCUGCUGUGCUACACUCAGCUCAUCGGCCACACGUCCGUCUCCUGGCCCGUCAUCACCCUUAACCUCAUGGUCCACGUCGUCAUGUACUGGUACUACUUCCAGAGCGCCCGGGGCAUCCGCAUCUGGUGGAAGAAGUACAUCACCAUUAUGCAGAUUGUGCAGUUCGUCCUCGACUUGGGCUUCAUCUACUUCGCGUCGUGGACCUACUUCACCAGCACCUACUGGCCGUGGCUCCCCAACGCUGGCAAAUGCGCCGGCGAGGAGUUCGCUGCCGUCUCGGGCAUCCUCAUCAUAUCGUCGUACCUCUUCCUCUUCAUCGGCUUCUACAUCGCUACCUACAAGAAGCCCGUGCCCAAGGGCCGCCGUAGGGCUACUUCUGCGCUUGUGGAGAUGAAGGAUGAGAAGGUCCCGACGGUUGGUGAGGCUAAGCGACGCCUUAGCCAGGGUGCGCAUGCGCUUGCUAAUGGUCAUGCCAGCGCCACAGGUUCCAGUACUCCCAAUGGACGUGCCACUCGCAGCCGCAAGGCGUAA